GGCUGCUGUUUGAAGGAAUACAAGAUUUGUGCAAAGCCCGUGAGAAGGUAAAACAUGCCUGAAAUGCACAAUUGAGGAUCACAAAUCCAACCCUGUAAUGGUUUGACCCAACCAGCUGCAUCAGUGCCACACUCCUCCAGGCUGAUGAUUAGCUUCCUAAAACAUCAGAAAUCACGUCUUUCUCGGGAGAAAUUAAUCCGCGUUACCCCUCCAGUAUCAUGGUGCCAAUGUCAAGUAGCUGGCCGACAUGCCGUUGUUGUUUGUGAUGUAACGUUUAGUUAUUUUUGAAGUUAGUCCUUUUGGAGUAACGCCAAGUGAUGUUGACGAGAGGCAAACUUUUUAAACGCUCCCCGGCUGUUCGCUCGCCCCACGUGACCGCAAGCACACGUUUUCUCCGCCGUCGCUCCACAACUCGUCCGAGUGGACAAAUCAUUUGCCGUGUUUGUGCCGUGUCGGGUGUGAGGACCCGCUGUUUGUUGUGGCGCGGGUCCCAUGGUGACGCGGGGGGGUCUUCUGUCUCAACCGACCCCCGCUGACGUCUUUUAGUGGGGGGAAAAAAACCUACUUGCAAUCGCGUUGAAACUAAGAGUAAAACCCAUCUUUAAUGCGAGGUAAGCUUCCAAUGUAACGCUGGUGUCAAAGUUAUUUUGUUUUCAUAAUAAAUCCAGCCCGAGCUUUCUCCGUCGGCGGUGUCCUCAGUAACCGUUGCUAAGCGACUCUUUCUGAGCGCAAAUCACCGGGACGCGCUUCUGGAUUUUAUCUCAUCGUGUAUUGUUACAGUCAUGCCUGCUGUUUUCACGUGGUCCGUGCAGGUACCUCAUUCUGGAGACGAGAUGAUCCACUGCAGCUGGCUGCAGAGAUGGACUUGUUCUCACCAGCUAAUGUAAACAGAGAAGUCUCUGUCUGAAGCCGUCUGUGCAGCAUGAGGAGCCGAGACAUCCAGAACAUACGCUCAGUGAUCUGUUUACUUUUCUGCUGCUAGGAUUUGAUUUGCCUUUUGCCAAAAACAUGUCAAUCCUCAGGCCAAUAAGAGUGUCUGCAUGAACUUGUCCGUUUAGAGAUUUGAGCCGUUUUGCUUCCAUUACUUGUCUUCUUUCAGACUAGUGGGAAUAAAACAGCCAAAAUCCACAUUUCCGUGUAUUACUACCAUGACUUAAACCGUUUUCAAAAGUCCUCAUUUGAAUAUCCAAACUUACAAAGAGCAGAGAACUUGUAAUCCAAAAGACGAGCAUCCUAGUGUUUGAGUGUUUUUCUUGUCAAAUGGCAAAGGCAUUUACAGUUGGUCAAGUAUUUAUUUGAUGAAAAGGGAAUUUGAACACAAUAUGGAAAAUUUGUUUAUGAAAUCUUGCUUUUUAAGCAAACUGAAAGACUUUCUCAGACAUUUUUCAGGACGCCGAUUCAGACUGAUCAUUCCACCAAUAACUUCACCGUGAUUAAACACAACAGGCAAGUUUUAUUUGGUCCCUCUGCUCGGCCCUCCCUGCGCCUCUUAAGAAGAUUAGCCGUCGUAUAUUGGUCACCAGGCUCAACGGGACACACUCUGCCAUCUUGUGGGAACGCUCCCGUUACGCUGGUCCUCGCUGAGGAUUCAGCUACACCGCUUGUAGCCGCCCUGUUGGCCGGGUUUAACGACUACGACGUCUGUGGUGGACAUGGUCUGCCCCCCCCGGCAGACUGCCUUCUUUCUCCUCCACCUCUUCUCUGUUGUUCCUCCACCUGUCCAACCUGAGCUCUCCUGGCAGUCAGCUGAUCAGUGCCGUCUGUCUGUCUGUCCUCCCGUCCUGGAUGUAUACUGAUGAUCAUUGUCUGUGUACGAUCUGUGAAGCCCCUUGUGAGGGCUUUAGAGCAGCUUAACCCCCCCCCCAUCUGGUAGCUGAGAUAAACCCUUAGUUCUCCUGGGAAUGAUCAGGGAGCCGGAGCUCAGCAACAGUCUUCCUCAGCGCUGCCUCAGGACUUUUCCACGCUCGCCUUGGUGUCCAUGGCCCUGAAGGUGGACCUCGCCGCAGAGCCACAUCAGCCGGGAAGGAUUGGGGGAUUCCCGUGGGCGACCGAGACGGCACCUGAGGUCACGUCCGAGACCUGGGGAGGGCCCGCAGUCGCCUCAUAGAUGAAUGGAGGCAAGAAAGAACACCACAGCAGGGGUCCUUUUCUGGACACCCGCCCCGGUUGGCACCUCACCCACCAGCUCCGUGGCAUCUGAGGACGAGGGAGGAGAAGAGACGGAGAGAGGCGAUGACUUUGUCAGCCAGAUGGAUGAGAAUGGCAUCAUUGGACUGUCGGAAGCACUGGGGGAAGUGGAGUUGGAGCCGCCUGGUUCCGAUUCAAACGUGUACGCUGGACCCGCCACCCUGCAGGAGGCGGAGCCUCGUGAGCGUGACAGGGAUACUCCUGAGGACCGGAGUUACAACGCGAGUCAUAACGAAUCCCAAGGGGAGGACGUACGAAUACCCAUCAUCGUAUGAGGACCUGAUGGAUAGAGCCGAAGAGCAGGGGAUUGACUGCGUCCCACCGUGGGACAAAUACUUGGACAUGACGGAGGAGGAGAACAGCCCAGAGGAAGGGUGGACUCGGAGUGACGAGAAGAGAAAGGAAAAUAAACACCGGAGCGCUUCUAGAGAGCUUGGAGCCACAAACGGCUCGGCUGAGCGCUUUAUUUCCGAAGGAGAGAUUGAGGAGAUCGGCUGCACUCAAAAACGGAGUGCUCACCUGUCAGCCAUGGGACCUGCUUCUGUCUCCAACCAGCACCGCCCAACGGCCCAGCCUACCUCACCUGUCAUGGCCCCCACUUAUCGCCACCUCCUCCACUUCACGGACGAGGAAAUGGCUGCUGCUCCAGGGAUUGACGCUGAAACGCUUCCAGAGAUUCACAGCUUCACAGAAAGUCCUCCAGAAUCACUGAGCAGCCACGUGAGCCAGAGGUUCAGUCCUCGCUGUGCUGAGGCAACGCUCGGGGCUCCUUCUCAGCCAGCAGCAGCCACGUCACCUCUGGAAGGUGUAUCAACGCAAUACAGCCGAGUAGAUAAAGGACCUUUGAAGGCAUCGCAUAUGUCCAGGAUCCCUCACAAACGGCCCACUCCCUCACCGAGGAAGAUGAGGCAGAAAUCUCCUGAACCUGCAUCUUCUAGAAAUGGUUCCCCGUUAACAUUCAAAUAUCAGGCCGCAAGUCCUGACAAAGAGCAGGAGACACCAAGCGCCAGGACCCCUGCUGCUGCCAUGGAUGAAUCCAGAAAAGGGCCCCUGAGUUACCGCACACCCGAUUUCACCAAAGUGGAGCCCAGGGUCCGUUUCCCCAAACAGGGUUACCACCCCCCCAGGAGCAGGCGCCCUUGCGAGAGGAAGUCCCUGUCGCCGGAGCCCAUCUUGGUGUUUAAGUCCCCUACAGGCAUUGUGAAAGACGUCGUACUGAACACCACCGCUGGAUCUCCUUCCUCAUCACACUCUCCCAGUCCAAGAACCAGCGCCCCCAACCUCGAGUUCAAAGGGCGCCAGCAGGCCACGCUGCUCGACCACCUCGAGGAGGAGUACAACAGACUGCUGACUAAGUACGCCGAGGCGGAGAACACCAUUGAUCGCCUACGCCUGGAAGCCAAGGACAGACCCAUAGAGAUCCCAAAGUCCAGGCCCAGACAUUGCCAGGACAUCACAGACAGAGCAGUGAACCUGUACUCUGACCCUCCAAAGCCCGGCUACUUGGUGCAGUCAGGACUGAACCGGGACUCUUCAACAUACAUGAAGCUGGAUUUCCCUCAGGCUCAGAGAGCAGAGUUUAACUCUCCAUCUCUUCACCCAAACAGACACAGCAAUCAUCAGAAGAGUUCCUCUGCCUGUCCUUCCACAAGAAGCCCGGAUCCUGAGGUGGGACAGCAGCUGGCCAGGAUUCUCUUCCAUCAGGCCGACAAGUUCCUCCAGCAGCUGCAGACUUUUGAUGAUCUCCUGAAGAGCAAAACACUGGGGCCUUUUGAUCACGUGAAGGGUCUUUCACAGCUUGCUGAGGGCCUCAACUCUUUAGAAGGGGGCUACCUGUUGGCGAGGGAUGAACACAAAGUCCUGCAGCAGGGCGGCGCUCAAGUCCUCCCCUUCGACUCCGAGCGGGAGCUGGAGAGGCUGAUUUUUCAGUGUGGGCUGCGUAUGGACGAGCUGAAGGAGCAGGUGGAACAGAUGCAACAAGAGCAGCCUGACUGUGAGGCUCCUCCCUCGCCACCUCCUCACCCCACCCCUUCAUCUGUCCCCUCUGAGGGAGGAGAACCGCUGACUCACCCACAGAGUCCUCCUGUGCCGCUGCUGGUUGGUCCAGGAGAGGCAGUGGAGGUGAGCUCAGCCACUGAAGAGAGCGACGAAGAGGAGGAAACUCUUAAUUCUCUCUACCUCAAUCCGCUGAAUGGCAAACGAAUGGAUCACCACCACAGCUUUAAGGAGCUUCCCAAACGUUUAGUCGACAGCCAGAGGGGAGGAGCUUCCCUUCCUGCUCCCUUAAGAGGUGACCUGCUGCCUGCGGAUGAGAAGAAGGAAAGACGGAGGCCCGGAGACCUGGAAGUCCGGAAAGGUCUUCCACAGAGGAGAGACAAAUCCGACCAUCUGGACUCUGGUCCCGUUGGCAGCGUCAGUCAGCCGGCCAUCGAGCCCAGUCAUCCUUCCCGCAGGGCCUCCAGCCAGUCCACCACUCUGCAUCCUCUUCAUCCCCGCAGUAGCAGAAGGAGGUUGGAGCUGGGAAAGUCCCACAGCAGCAGCCUGAGCAGCCUGGGAGAGGUUACAACGUUGGAAAAGAGGAACGCCAAACCCCAAACCGGGAGUACCGGAGGGCUUUCUCAGGAUGGGGUCAUCUCCCCGGAGACGGACAGUGGGUUUGUCUGUUCGGAGAGCAGCCGGCCGACUCCAGCAGCAGCUCUCAGUUCUCUCCACCAGAGGGCCUCGCAGAGUGUUUUAGUGCCUCAGGAGGGGAACCUGGGAAACCCUGUCAUACAUCCAGUUCCGUCAACGUCUCACGGUCAUGCAGCUGUGGACCCCAGAAGUGACCCUCAGGUCAGCCGUGACCAGCAGAGGAGAACCAGACAAGGGCCGAGGAGACGCUCUUCUUCGUGCUCUCUACAGCACCGCGCCCGCCAGACGCAACGAACCAGGGCCGACAGCGGGACCAGUGACUUUGGCUUGGAAAGUGACAGAUCUCACACUGCGUCUGAAGACGGACCGAAUGAUCAGUACACAGAAUCUCUCAAUUCCCUCCACCACUCCAGCCGGAGCUCGUCCCCCACCGCAACGCAUCGCCAUGGGGAUUCUCUCCUAUCACUGCGCUCGAGUCAGAACCCCAGUGACGCAAUCCAGAGGCUGCAGGUCGAGGUGAUCAGACUAAGGAACACACUUGAAAGCUAUGUGAGGAAUCCGACGCCUCUGAGCUCUGCGAGUCCAGCAGCUCCAGCUCAGGAGAACUACACCCUCCACAACUCCGCUCCACCUCGCUUCAGGUCUGUGGAGCAGUGGGGUGAGGUCAGCCGGGGAAGAAGAGAUGGGAGGACUGUUGAUGAGUCUACACUGAGACAAAUGACCAGGAAGAGACCAUCUUCUGCAACCAGACAAAAGCCACAACUGGACAUCUUGAGCGGUCUGGAGCCCUCUUCACCCAAUCCUCCACCUCUGGUGUCCAGGUGUACUCAAACAUCCACUGCUGCACCAGACAGCUGUUCCCACAGUGCCGUCUGCAGCAGGACUCACUCCAGGCAGCAUCUGGGUGCAUCUGAAACAGCAGAUGGAGCCGACAGCAGAGGGCGACGCGCUCCUCUUUGUCCUCAGUGUUUGUCGCGUCACCAAGGGCGAUCUGACAUUGGUGGUGCCAUGGAGCCGGCCCACUGCCCCCCCUGUCGUUGCUGUCCUCUCUGUGGAGGCCCAGAACCCUCCAGAAGCGCUGAGCCAGACUGUUGCAGAGUUUCAGGCUCACCCACACAUACAAGCUGCCACGUGUGUUCCCCGGAUGGAGCCGGGAGGAGCAGACACGCGGCAGCUGCCGCUCCGCCCGUGCGGUUACAGUUCAUGCCAGUGUGCUCGCCACCACUUCUGUUGUACUCAUCGACCCCCUACGUGCCACUGAGCCACAGCACACCUUCAGGGGUCAGAGGUCACAGGGAGAUGAGGACGAGACACUGCCAGUGGUCUGACAGGGAGCACUCCGUGGACACGUCUUUGAACAGAGCCAUCAGAGCAGCUCAGCACAUGAAACGUACCUCUGGACACAUGGCUCGCUCUCUGGCUACAGGAGUGCAACACCAGGAGCUGCUCACUCAGUCCUGCAGCUACUAGUCUGCUCACUCAGCUCACAGGCAGCUCGGUGACCCCAGGAGAGAGUGCAGCACCAGGUAAAUCAAAUGGGGACAUAUGUUUGGAUUGAGCAUUUUUUUUAAAUGGUAGCAAACCGCUUUUGCUCUGUAAAGAUCCAUUUCAUCCGAUUUCUUUAGCAGUCAUAUUAUUUCAAAAGACAUGCAAGCAUACAUUAUACAAUAUGGAGCUCGGUUUUGUCGACAUGUGGUUUUCAUAUCAAACAGUAACAAGUCUUUGUCUUCGGAUGUGGGAAGUUAAAGUGGAAAUGGCUGUUGAUUACGUGACUUUAUAAUCAUGUGGUUGAAAAUAACCAUCCUUUCUAGAGAUUUUUUAUAUUUCCGGAUGGUCUUACAGGAGACCAUCGUGGAUUCUAUUUGGUAAAUAUUUAAGUCAUCGUUGACGCUACAAAAUGAGUAAUUUAUAUAUUUUAUACAUUUUAAAGUGUGUUUUUAGCCUGAUAUUUUGUACUUAUUUCAUCAUAACAGUCAGACCAGUGUAGUGCACUGUGGAUCCAUCUUUUAUGACCCCACAUACACAGGAAUGUUUUUGAAUUGUAUUUGGUAGAAAUUUACGUGAAUUCUGUGUCAAUUUAUUUGUUCUUUAAAAAUAUUUUGCAGGGAUUCUUUUCACUUGAGCCAAAUAAAGGUAAAAAUGCACA